AUGGCACCUACAUUUCCGGAGCCCCAUGUUCUGAACCAGAUCAUUAUCUCCCCGUCCGACACCGAUUAUCUCGACCAACUCAUUCCCUCCAUACGCGAGUACAGUGUUGGGAACCGAACUCCCCAGCUGCUACAAUCCCUGUCCCGCUUCGCCACGGACAAGGAAGCGGAAAUCGAAAGAAUAUGCAACACCAAUCACCAAGAAUUCGUCUCCUCCGUGAACUCCCUUCUUCGCAUCCGAGAGGGUACUGUUAGCCUGACCGCCGAGAUUCUCGAUCUCAACCAAUCCAUUCAAACAUCUACGGAGCGCCUUGCGGAGCAAAAGAAGUCCCUAGUGGAGUCCCGUGGUCAUCGCCAAAAUAUUGACGAGACGUCUCGUGCUAUCCAAGAUUGUCUGGAAGUCUUACGCCUAGCGAACCAAGUCCAUGAUUUGCUGGCCAAAAAAAACCACUAUGCGGCGCUACGUGCUUUGGAGGAGCUGCAGAAUGUCCAUCUCAAGGGUGUGACACAAUACAAAAUCGCGGAAAUGAUCCAACGCUCGGUGCCGGCCACCCAGCGCGCCAUCGCGGAAGCGGUCAUGUCGGAUCUCAAUACAUGGCUUUAUCGCAUCCGAGAAAUGUCUCCUUUCCUGGGCGAGCUAGCUCUAUUUCACACCGAUCAGCGCAAGUCGAGGCUGAAAGAACGCGCGGAGAAUUUUCCAUAUUUGGAACACUUCAAACUCAAUUCCGCCAUCGAGUUGGUAGCGGACGAAGACGAAGAAUACGACCUGCUGCAGAACGAGGAUCUGCAAGUUCCUUUUGCGCCACUUUUUGAAUGUAUGCACAUCCACCAGUCUUUGGGACAGAUGGACAAGUUUCGUAUCGAGUAUGCAAACACACGCCGCCGCCAAAAAGACCUUCUCCUUCCUUCUUCUGUCACCCUGGUCGAUGAAGGUGGAGCAAGCCUUCAUAACCUCCUGGAAGAGAUGGCCGGAUUUGCCAUUGUCGAACGAGCAACCAUGAAAAAAGUUCCAGAUUUGAGAUCCUCUGUUGAUGUUGAUGAACUCUGGGAUUCGAUGUGUCAGGCCGCCGUCGGUGUGAUAUCCAAAGCUCUUCAUGAGGUGGAUAACGCCGAAAGCAUACUGAAAACAAAGAACCUGAUUGCUUUGUUUAUGCAGACUAUGAAUACUUGGAACUUUUCAGUGAGAGUCUUCGAUGAUUUCUUGCUUACGCUCUUCGAAAAGUAUGCUGAGCUCCUGAAAAGACGCUUCAGUGAUGACUUCCAAGAGAUUGUCUCAACGGACGACUACAUGCCCAUGCCAAUACAAACAUUGGAAGAAUAUGACAAGGUGCUCAAUGUGAGCUGGUACGCUCCAGAAAGCUCCCGCGACGAGCAGCUUUUCCCUUGCAUUCUGCCAUUCUCAAGGAUGUAUCCUCUGUGUUGCAUCGACAUACGAAAUUUUUUGAACCAAUUCUAUUUCUUCGCCAAUGACGACUUCUCACAUCCCAAUGUGAUCGACGAUACAUUGAAAGACGCGCUGGACGAUCUCCUUUCACGUAAAGUAUGCGAUACCCUUGUUGAACGUCUGUCUUCGCAAUAUCUUGGACAGAUUGUUCAGAUUCUAAUCAACCUGGAACACUUUGAGCUGGCUUGUCAUGAGCUGGAAUUGCUUUUAGCAGCGGCCCGGUCUCAAAAUUCCACUGGAACCUCAAUAACUCUUCGUGCCACGGAGAAGUUUCGAAGCAACAAGAAAGCGGCUGAAAAACGGAUCUUCGAAGUCGUCAACUCCAAGAUUGAUGAUCUCAUCGAAACAGCGGAGUACGAAUGGAUGGCAACCACACCUCCCGCCGAGCCCAGCAACUACAUGCAAACUUUAACUCGGUUCCUUUCUAACAUUAUGAACUCGACGCUGCUCGGAUUGCCGACAGAAAUCAAAGAGCUGAUCUAUUUCGACGCACUGAGCCAUGCUGCGAAUAUGAUACUGGCUCAACCGAUGGCACCGGAAGUCAAGAAUAUCAAUCCAAACGGUGUCAUGGCAUUGGCAAAGGAUGUGGAAUAUCUGGCCCAAUUCGUGGACAGUCUGAAUGUUCCUAUUCUGCGCGAAAAUCUCGACGAGUUGCAGCAAACAGUGCAGCUUAUGCAAGCCGAUAAUGCAGAUGAGUUCUACGAUAUAUCGACACGAAACAAGAAAUAUGGACGUGUUGAUGCCAUGCAGGGGCCUGUUUUGCUAGAAAAGUAUGGCAUGCGGUCGAUCUACACAUGGUUCAUACCCUUUGCUAACCAUUCCGCUCUUAGGCUCACUCGAACUGUCCAAGCGCCGACGAGGGUGGAUAAAUUUGUGAACUUGUCUUCGCGAUUCAAGAAGACUUGA